AUGCUCCAUCAAGUGUUGAGGCAAUUGGAGCCAUGGUGUGAGCUCAAAGAUAAAGUGGUUCUUGUGGCAGGAGCUUCCUCUGGCAUAGGAAGAGAGAUCUGUCUUGAUCUUGGCAAAGCUGGUUGUAAGAUUAUCGCAGCAGCCCGUCGUGUGGAUAGACUCAACUCUCUCUGUUCUGAAAUCAAUAGCUUCGGUUCAACCGGGAUCCAAGCCGCAGCACUUGAGUUAGACGUUUCAUCGGACGGAGCCACCAUUCAGAAAGCGGUUAAAGAGGCUUGGGAAAUCUUUGGAAACAUCGAUGUGUUGAUUAACAAUGCUGGAAUCAGAGGCAAUGUCAAGUCCAGUUGA